AUGGAAGAUACAUCAAAAUACGCACACAGUCCUGUACACGUGGCAGUUGCCAACUCCGACCACGCUUUACUCCGCCGUCUCGUUUCCGCCGUCCCUAAUCUUCCCAAACCCGGCGAUGUCACCACCGAGUCCGAAUCUCUCGCCGCCGAGAUUCAAGCCGAUAAAGUAUCAGCCGUCAUAGAUCGCCGUGAUGUCCCCGGUAGGGAAACCCCUCUCCACCUUGCGGUACGUCUUAGGGAUCCAAUCUCCGCCGAGAUUUUAAUGUCUGCCGGCGCCGAUUGGAGUCUUCAGAACGAACAAGGUUGGAGUGCUUUACAAGAAGCGGUGUGCAAUAGAGAGGAAUCAAUUGCUCUUGUUAUUGCGCGUCAUUAUCAGCCUCUUGCUUGGGCUAAAUGGUGCCGUAGAUUGCCUCGGAUUAUUGCUUCCGCUUCUCGGAUUCGUGAUUUUUAUAUGGAGAUUUCUUUCCAUUUUGAGAGUUCUGUUAUUCCUUUUAUAGGUAGAAUUGCACCUUCUGAUACUUACCGUAUUUGGAAACGCGGUUCUAAUCUUCGUGCUGAUAUGACAUUAGCUGGUUUUGAUGGGUUCCGUAUUCAACGGGCUGAUCAGAGUUUUUUGUUUCUUGGCGAGGGUUACACUUCGGAGGAUGGUAAUGUUAAUCUUCCACGUGGUUCUUUGCUUGCUCUUUCUCAUAAGGAGAAAGAAGUUACCAAUGCUUUGGAAGGAGCGGGUGCGCAACCUACUGAUGCGGAAGUUGCUCGGGAGGUUUCUAUGAUGUUUCAGACUAAUAUGUAUCGGCCGGGUAUUGAUGUUACUCAGGCGGAGCUUGUUCCGAAUUUGAAUUGGAGGCGUCAAGAGAAGACCGAGAUUGUUGGAGAUUGGAAGGCUAGGGUUUAUGAUAUGCUCAAUGUUAUGGUCAGUGUGAAAUCGAGGCGGGUUCCGGGUGCUUUGAAUGAUGAAGAGGUUUUUGCUAAUGGAGAGGGGUAUGAUGAUGUGUUGACUGCGGAGGAAAGAGUACAAUUGGAUUCAGCGUUAAGGAUGGGGAAUUCUGAUGGUGUUUGUCAGGAUGAAGAACCUGGAGGAGGAGAAGGAUUUGAUGGUCGCGAAAAUGUAUAUGAGAAUUGUGAAGGCAAUGGUGUGGUUAAAGAGAAGAAAGGCUGGUUUGGAUGGAACAAGAAAAGCUUGAAGAAUGGUGGUCAUGAACAUGAGGAUUCAAAGAAGUUUUCAGUGAUGGGCCAAGAAGGUAGCAACCAGAGAUCAAGUGAUCAACAAAAUCUACAGCCUGAGUUUCAGAAGGAGGAUCAUGGAGAUAAGAACCCGAAGAAAGGAAAGGAUCAAAACUUGAAAAAGAAAAAGAAGAAAGGAGCAAGUAAAGAGUCUAAGAGUGAGAGCGAGUUCAAGAAGGGUGUAAGACCUGUCUUGUGGCUGACACAAGACUUCCCUUUGAAAAUAGACGAGCUUCUUCCGUUACUUGAUAUCUUAGCAAACAAGGUGAAGGCUAUUAGGAGGCUCAGAGAACUUUUGACAACUAAACUUCCUCAAGGAACCUUUCCCGUCAAGGUAGCUAUUCCUAUAGUCCCUACUAUAAGGGUUAUUAUCACUUUUACAAAAUUUGAGGAACAUCAGACGACACCAGAGGAAUUUUCAACACCACCCACUAGCCCAGCUUACUUCCAGGAUCCCAAAUCCAAGGAAUCAGAAGGGUCGUCAUCCUGGAUUUCGUGGAUGAAAGGAAAUCACAGUGUGCUAUCUAGUGACUCUGAUAGUCAUAGUCUCAGUCACAGAUAUAAGGAUGGAGUAGACCCUUUCGUUAUUCCUUCAGACUACAAAUGGGUGGAUGCAAGUGAGAGGAAGCGUCGCAUGAAGGCAAAAAGAGCCAAAAGUAAGAAAAAUAAGAAGCAGACAGUCUCUAAAGGAGGGGAUGGAGCGCAACAGGGGAGUGAUGAUGUGGGAGAAUUAAACCAAUAG